GAACAUCUCUCGCUUACGAACGCUAGUUACUCUAUAUCUGCCUCGCUGCUUCAUCCAUCAAUUAAAGGCGUUAGCUCGUCGCUCAAGCCUUGACUUUCUAACUCUUACGUUAUUGCGGGCUGAGCUGAGGCCAUUGAUCCUGCGUACCUAGGUGUUUAGCUCUUUCGAUAAUCCAGUUCUUCAAAACUCCGAAUCCAUAUUCAAAGUGCUAUGAGCUAGGCCACACCUAGAUCACGAAUGUCACCAACCGCAUCCGAUCUGAGUGGUUGUAGUAGUUAGAUUGGCCAGGAGAGGUUAGAAACCGCGCCCUUCACGUAUUCAUGAUGAUAUGCAAACCAUUGCUGCUGGCGCAAAUAGCCCAGAAUAUACUCAUAGCAAACGAUUCCCAUUCUCCCGAGACGCAGGCUGACUGAAUUCACUCACUUCCAGAUACAAGGAGAUUAGAAACCAGCAACUCAAACUCCCCUCGUAAGAUCAACAUCGUCUUUGGUAUUCGUGCUUACAACGCGGAAUGGAUUCCGAUGAUUUUUUGGAUAAAGAUGGCUUGAAUCAAUGUGAAGAAUAUGGUGAAAACGAGGACGUUAUCGACGGUUUGCCCUGGGUUACGAAGCGUCCAACAUCUCCUACUCCUACAAAUGGCGAUAACAUCCCUUCCUUGGAUGGGGCCAUAGAUCGAUGGGGAAUGCGCAGGAAAUGGCCAACCGGUGCCGUCUUCAUUCAUGCCGGUGCUGGGUAUCACAGUGUUGCUAAUGAGAGAAUACACCUCGAAGCCUGUAGCGAGGCUGCUCGUGCAAGCAUGAAAGUUUUACGGUCAGGAAACUCGGCCGUUGAUGCUGUUGAAACCGCUAUCAAAGUCCUCGAGAACAAAGAGAUCACAAAUGCUGGCUACGGGAGUAACCUGGCAAUCGAUGGGACGGUAGAGUGUGAUGCCACUCUUGUUGAUCAUUUUGGCCGGAGUGGAGCAUGUGGUGCCGUCUCGAAUAUCAAGAAUCCUAUCACACUGGCCAAGACCAUCCUCCAACGCAGUAAUAAGCCGCUAACAUUGCGCCGCGUCCCUCCGAAUCUACUCAUUGGAGAAGGUGCUAAAGAAUUCGCUCGAGAAUCGGGUAUAUCGUUAGUACCUAACGAUUGGCUAGUAUCGAAAAAUGCCAGGGAUCGUUUUAUCAGAUGGCAAGAUGAUUUAAGGCGGGCUGAGGCGAAGAAAUCUCCCACUCCAGUACCUGGUGGUUAUGAUCGUGCAUUCAUAAACACAUCCUAUAAUGAGCCAAUUCAAGCUGGGCAACCGGAUCAUACGAAUGCGAUUUUAACUGGAACUUGGAAUGAAGGCCAACCUGAUUCACCAGCCGUAUCAUCCAUCCAGAUGCCCCUACAUCCCUUGCAACAUCCUCAUUCGUCUGUGCUGAUCAAUGCCGACAUUGCUCCACAGCUUGUACCCACAACUCCAGCCGAGCACAGUCUACUUGGCUUUCUAGGCUCACCUUCGAGCACUAAAACCUUAGGCGGGGAGAUCCCAGCGCCAACUCCAAAGCGGCCAAAGUUCUUGCCUGUGCCGAGCAAUGAAUCUCUAAGAUCAAAUCCCAGUACGUCCGCACCUAUCAAUGCGACUGGUCCGACUCUUCAUGAUGGCGCUGGGUCGGAGAACCUUGCGUUUGGGAUUGAAGAAGCCCCUAGCGUUUCGGCUACAUCACUGAAUCCUGAUAAGUCAUCACCACCCUGGACUAUGGAUGGUAGUCGGGAUGAUGAUGAUAUUGACUGUAUCAGCGAUACAGUAGGUGCGAUCGCAAUCGAUUUCACUGGAAAAAUUGCGGCUGGGUCAUCUUCGGGUGGUAUUGGCAUGAAACAUCGAGGACGAGUUGGACCAGCAGCUUUGGUAGGCGUUGGCACAGCCGUCAUCCCGGCUCAUGAGCAAGAUGAAGAUGGUAUUGCUGUGGCGGCCGUAACAAGCGGCACAGGCGAACAUAUGGCAACGACCAUGGCAUCCCAAAAAUGCGCAGAACGGUUAUAUCAAGGUACGCGUUGUGGGCCAGAUGGAAGAGACGUAGCCGAGGAAGAUGAGACAUCCAUUCUUCAAGGAUUCGUUCUCAAGGACUUUCAGGAGCACCCAGGCGUCAAGUACUCGUCCUCGAAUGGGGCUAUUGGCGUCAUGGCUGUGAAGAAAGGUCCUUCCGGGUAUUAUCUAUAUUUUGCCCACAAUACCGACUCGUUCGCUCUCACCUCGAUGGGUUCCAACGACCUUGCGCCGGCUUGUGUCAUGUCUCGCGUGAGAGAAGGCGGUUCCGGGAUUGCCCAGGGAGCCCGGAAAAUUCAUAUAUGAAUCGGCAGCAUGGGUCAUAUUAUUGAAGAAUGGGAUUCUAGAUAUUUGUUGGCUCGAAUUGGUAGAAUCCCUUUUGAUGGAUUUGUCAAUUUCUUUUUCUUUAAAUAUUUCUGCAUUAUCCUUACUUAAACCUCACAUCACUUUUCCUACUCGUACCUAGACUGGGAUGGAUUAUACCGGGUUGGAAUUGGUGUUUUUUUGAGAUACCCCUGGACAGACACUCUUCAGCAUCAAUAAGGAUAUUCAUUUUAGUCUUCACCUGGCCUGUAUUCAUAUGGCCCAAAUCAGCUAUCACCUUUUGAA